UGAAGCGAUCAAUCCGAAAUUUUAAAAAAUGCGCUUUUCCUCCCUUUCUUAGGGCAAGCGACAAAGAGAUCCUACUUUUUUCUCUCUGCAAAAACUGACCCGCCUGACUCAUUGGAACCUCUCUCUCGGAGCUCCAUUUCCCGCCCCAUCGCACCUGCUUUUAUUUUUUCUUUCUAAGAAAUAUUAUAGAGAUUAUUUUUUUUAAAUGGUGAAAUCUGUUGCAACAGCUCAGCUUCAUCAAGAAGAAGAAGACGAUGAUGAUUACGAAGAUAAAGGGGAAACACUGAAAGUAGAAGGGAAAGGAAGUGACCAAAAGACGACUGCGAAUCGGUCUAAACAUUCAGAGACUGAGCAGCGUAGAAGAAGCAAGAUUAAUGAAAGGUUUCAGACUUUGAGAGAUCUUAUUCCUCAAAAUGAUCAGAAGAGAGACAAGGCUUCUUUUCUGUUAGAGGUCAUAGAGUACAUUCAGUUUUUACAGGAAAAGUUGCAAAUGUAUGAGGGAUCAUACCAAGCUUGGAGCCAGGAGCCAACAAAACUGAUUCCAUGGAGAAAUAAUCAUGGGCUUGCAGAAAGUUUUAUUGACCAUUCUCAAGUUAUGAAGAAUGGAUCUAGUUGUGAGGAUGAUGUUGUCAUUCCAUCAAUGCUUGCGAAUAUGCAGAACUCAAUUGAGACUGACUUGGGUAAUGCUGCAGUUUUUAAAGCACUGGACCAUCCCCCUGUGUCAGCUACUUCUAUGAUUAACAUGCAGACACAAUCAAACACAUUUGCUAAUCAUGGAAGUGGUAGUGGUUCUAUGAACAUGGUGUAUCAACCCCAAUUCCAAUCAUGGCAAAGUAGAGAGUGUCUAACUGAGAGUGCUGUUCCAAACAAUUCAGCAAAUGAACGGGAUGACUUGACUACCAGAGUUGAAUCAGUAGGGUUUUCUAGUGCCUACUCUCAAGGGAUACUGAACUCUCUGACCCAAGCGUUGCAGUCUUCAGGUAUGGACAUGUCACAGGCGAGCAUCUCCGUGCAAAUUGAUGUUGGUAAACGAGUAGCUAGUGGAGUGACUUCUAUGGCAUCCAGUUCUAAGGAGAAAGAAAUCCAAUUCACAACCAAUCAAGUCAUAGCACAAACUGGAGUUCAUAGCUACACAGAGGAGUCUGAUUAGGCUCAUAAGAGGCGGAGAACAGAAAAAAGCUAGCGUACAAUUCUAGUCUUUUUUUCCCAUAUUCUUCAUUCAGUUUCUUUUUCAUCCUAUCAUUUUUGCCAUGCCAUGGUCCACAGAUUAUUAGGUCUUUUAUACCAAAUGUAAAUGGUUAUGCUUCCUGGUUGCCAGGUCGCAUCGAUUCUCCUGGGGGAAAAAUUGUUAUAUAUUCUUUUUAUUUGUACUUCUUUGAGACCUAGCUUCCAAGCAUAUAUGAGAAUUUGCUGUAUUAUUGCUGCUAUUAUUUGAUCAUAGUAUCUCACAUUUCCAUGUGAAAGCUUUUGGUAACAUUUUCAUGUC